GCACGAUAGUCGAUUGUUGCCUUUGUCGAGAGCGGUGGACGCACGGAGACCGCUAGCAGAUUCGCAACACGUGAUUUCAUCCCAUUAUUGGGUUAAAUCGAUUGGUUGACAAUAAAACAAUGAUGCAAUAAUAUAAUUGUACAAAUAAAUUUUGAUUGAAGCGAAUAAUUUGUGGUUAUUUUCGUGUUUUGUGCGGUACGGUCGGUUGUUUCGGAAAGGCUGAUUGAAGGCUGCAAACUGGAGCUGGAUUUGCACCAACGGGCCAGCGGUCACUUCAUGAGUGCCGCUGGCGCCAUGUGCGACCGGACGAGCUUCGGCGGCGCCUCCAUGGGGCAUUUCCCCAUGGGCCCCAUGUCCAUGGGCAUCACCUCCAUGGUCCCCUCCAUGGGGCAGCAGCAGAAGAAGUCUCCAGAGGAACAUAUUAAGAGGCCAAUGAAUGCGUUCAUGGUGUGGUCCCGGCUGCAGCGACGCAAGAUCGCGCAGGACAACCCGAAGAUGCAUAACUCGGAGAUCUCGAAGCGGCUUGGCGCGGAAUGGAAGCUCCUAACCGAAGACGAGAAGCGCCCCUUCAUCGAUGAGGCGAAGCGGCUGCGAGCCAUGCACAUGAAGGAGCACCCCGACUACAAGUACCGGCCGCGACGGAAACCCAAGACCCUGAGGAAGGAGGGGUACCCCUACUCCAUACCGUACCCGAGCGUGCCGAUGGAUGCGUUGAGAGCUGGUAUGGCAGGAGGCGGCAUGGGUCAAGCCAUGGGUGGGUACUACGGAGCGGCGUACGGACCACUCGGGGCCAGCAUGGCAGCGGCGGCGGCGGCGGCGGCGCAACAGAACGCCAUCUCGGCUGCACUCACGCCGAACGCUCAGGUGGGCUCUUCCAUGGAUAUGUCGAAAUACUCGAUCGAGGCUGAAAAGUACCGAAGCUACGGCAUGUACCCAGACCCCUCCCGAGGGUACCUGGACUCGGCCGCCCUCUCCAAAGCUUACAUGUACAUGGACCAACAGCAACAACGCUCCUACCCCAUGGACAUCAACAAGAUGUACUCUGAAGCGUCCGCCGCCAUCGCCGGGCUCAACAGCAGCACUCUAAACUCUGGACCUUCAAGCUUAUCCCCGAGGUCCCCGGCUGAGUCUCCAGACAUAAAUGUCAAGAGCCAGGACAGGGCUGAAGCUGGGAGUACAUCAUCAGGGUCCAACGCGUCGCCUUCCCUACCGUAUUAUCAGGGGCAGGGACUGCUGUCGAUGCCGCAGUACCCGGGUCAAUACGCGCAGCCCACGCAGGGAGGGCCAGAGUUUCGGAGGCCGUUGACUGUCAUAUUUUGACCUGACCAGGCCUAGGUGAUUGGCUGUUGUUGAUUUGUUUUUUCGGUCGAUUGUUGGUUGCCAGUGCGCAUGUUGUUCUUGCUCUGUUUAGAGGUCGUAUUAUGUGUGAAAGAAGGUUUUGACUUAGUAUUCAAUGUGCCCUUUUGUCAAUCAUUUGAUUGAAUGUAUUUGUUAGGACGUUAUCACUCGAUAACUUAAGUUAUAAUGAUAACACUUUUAUUUUUAUUUUCGCAAGUUUUUUUCACGAUUCGUUUCGUGGCAAUCCAAAGUUCCUUUUUGAUUUUUCCUUUGUAUUUAUUAAGUAUUCGAUGUUAUAUUACUAGAUAAUGCAUUCCAAUUGUUGUACCUAUAUUGUAAAUAGAGAAUAUGAAUAGGUAGAAUUAGAAAGUAGAUUAUUGUUAAAAUUGUAUUAGUCCAUUUCAAUUGUGUUAAAGUAAAGUUUCCAUAUUCAAGAAAUAAGGGCGUCUUGCACAACAAAGUUAAAUAAAAUUAAAUAGUUUGUCUCUUGCUCUGACAGUAUAAUGUCAGAGCAAGAGGUCAUAGAUUUAAUUUUAUUUAACUUUGUUGUGCAAGACGCCCUAAGUUACUUUGUUAAGGAAACUUUACCGUUCUACAAUUUUAAAAUAUUGAAAGUCCAAAAUGAUGACAGAGAACAACGAUAUUUGCUAAUAACUUUGUAAAUAAAUGAAAAAUUAUCAAAGUAUCUACUACUUUAUAUAAGAAAAGGCUCACGCGAUGUGUCAUUAUGUAAAUAGCAACUAUUUAAGAUUAUUAAAUUCCUAGAUAACUAGAUAAGAACUAGGUAUAUUUAUAAUUACCUAUUAUAAAUUAAAGGUUUAAAGAUUAUGUUGAAGCAUUUAUAACAGUUGCCAUAUUUGAAAUUUAAUAUCCACAGAUUAAUGACAGAUAACAAAGACUUUUGUGAAUUUCUAUAAAGCGAAUCUACUGUUAAUAAGAUUAUUAUUUUGUUUUUUCUUUAGAAAUUUGUAAAAGACUUUGAUAUCUUGAAACAUUGCCACGUUAUUAAUUAUUCGCUACAACUUACAAAUUCAAAAAAUCCAGAACUGAUAUCUUUUUAUACGAUUUUAAAUUAAUUGGUAAGAUUAUGGAAAAAAGAAAUUAUAAGAAACCUAUUUUUGGUUCGCUUGAGAUUGAAUGACUAUAGAAUCUUUAUAGGACUAGUUAAAUAAUUAUUGUACUUAAUUAAAAAGUUAAUAAAGUAACCUAAAAUUACUAUUA